CGACACUCGCGCCGCGUCACUACUACUCACUAAAACGAUUUGCUCGCAAUCGCAUCACCGGAGUAUUAUCCCAUCAUCACACUAAAAAUCGACGCUUUUCCGGUUUCGAUGCUUUUGGUUAAUUCGGUGGUUGAUUAUAAGUAAUUUACAUAUUUAAUUUGGACGAAGUGUAUGGAUUGUAUUUGAGUGGUUGGUGAUGGUCCGUGGGACUGUAUCGAGUAGAGUAUGAGGUGUGCGGUGUACCGGUGAGCACGGUGAGCACAGUGGCGACGCAGGGCGGCAUGGGCGGCGCGGGCGGCGGCUGGGCGCGCGAGGCGCCGGCGCUGCUGAGCACGGCGCUGCUGCUGGGCGGCGCGCUGCCCGAGCGCCCGGCCGCGCCGCUCUUCACCAUCGACAGCAUCCUGGCGCCGCGCCCGCACCCGCCGCUGCCGCCGCUGCAGCUGCAGCACCUCGCGCACUCGCCGUUCCAUAGAGCACAUGACCUCUUUGGUACGUUUGCCAACUCAUUAGGUGUGAGCGGCAGCGCGGUGUCCAACGCAGGCGGGUACGCGGGACUAUACGGUGGGUACGCGGCAGCAGCACUGGCCGGGCUUGCGGGCCCGCCACCCAAGCGCAAGCGACGACACCGCACCAUCUUCACGGAGGAGCAGCUCGAACAGCUGGAGAGCACCUUCGACAAGACACACUACCCUGAUGUGGUGCUUAGAGAACAGCUCGCCCUGCGGGUUGAUUUGAAAGAAGAGAGAGUUGAGGUCUGGUUCAAGAAUCGUCGAGCGAAAUGGCGCAAGCAGAAACGCGAGGAGCAGGAGCGGCUCCGUAAGCUGCAGGAGGAGCGAGCAUGCGGCCGGGCUCCGCUGCUGGCGCGGCCGCCGCUCUCGCCGGCGCACUCACCCGCGCACGCGCCACCAGCGCCGCCCACGCCGCGCCCCUACUCUGACGACUCUGACUCCGACCUAGAGGUGGCCUAAAUACUAAACCACCACCUAACAGAACAUUUGCGGGCUAAUGUCCCUAUAGACUAACAAUGUACUUUUCAGUAGACAAGUGUUUAAAGGUGCAAUUUCAAGUGUUUUCAGUCCUUCUAAACUCAGUGCGAGAACGACAGUGAACUAUGGUGUUGUGAAACUAAUCAUUCGGACUGGUAGUUAUUUAAAACGUGAAUGAAUUAUAUGUAACUCAACUUACUUGCCUAUACAUAGGAAAAUUAUAACUUAUCGCGUAUUAAGAAUGUAUAAUGUUUAGAAGUUAAUAUAUUAUGUGUAUAUUAUGUAUGGUACCAUAGGUAGAAUCAGUGCUUCGAAAUCCUCUUGGAAAAACAUUUUCUUUUACUCUAGAUAAGAAAUUCAAUUAUUAUGUAGAUGUAUUGCACACAUAACUACGACAAUUUGCGAUCUAUCCCUCGAUGUUCUUAUCUAACUGAUAUAGUAAAGAAAUAAAAAUAUAUCCCGUUCUGAAACUCUAAAUAAAUGUUUAGCAACGUGUAUUCUGAAGUGAUGUAAAGAUAGGUUAUCUGACAAAAAACAGUUUUGCAUCAAAUAGUUGAUAGCCCCCGCUUCUACAGAAACCAAGAUUACUUUCAUACUUUUAACUUAGCACCUAUCCUUUUCUAAUGUACCUAGGUACACAAUAUGCAUUAUUAUAUUAUUUUGGUGUAAAGUGUAAGUGAUAUUAUUUGAAUUCGCACAUUGUAUAUUACCGAUUAAUCAAGAAUGUUACAUGUUGUUUUAUAGGUGCAACAAAUUAGGAAAUCUUGACUAUGCUUAUUGAAAUAGUGCUUACGUGCUUAAACGUAACAUAAUUGUGGUUUCUCUAUGUAGAUAAAAAGUAAUUAAAUCCUUAAUUACACAAUAUACCUAAU